ACUGACGUAAUGCUUGGAGUCUGAGGUCCUGACAAGCGAUAACAUUUCUGAUAAAGAACUGAGCUCACUGCAAACUAACCUCCUUUUUUUUCAGUUACAGGCGUUUAUUAUUAAACACAGUCACCCCGAUUGCACUUGCAUAGGAGAAAUCAGAAAUCUCUAAAUCCCCUAAAAUAACCAGAGAUCAACAAACAAACAACACAAAGACGGUUCAUGGCUCAAGCCAAAGCUCCACCAUCUUUCAGACUGCAAAGAUUAUUGCAAUUUAAUCAACAGAUAUGGUCCGCAAAAAGAAUCCCCCUCUGAGAAGCUUUGGUGGUGAAGGUGAAGGUCCAGAGCCCACAGGUACUGAGAGUGAGGAGUGUGUGAGGAACAAAGACCUAUCUUCAGAUCUCAUGCAAGACGACCUCAGUCAGGGAGAUGUACUGGAGCCGGACAAGAAGGAGGAUCAUUAUAUGCUUGUCUCAGAGCCCUCUUCCAGCAUCAAAAAAGAUUUGAAAAGCUCAACACCAAGUGAAAGGGCUGGCUUCAAUUAUGAAAGCCACAAGAAGGGAGGAAAUGUUCCAUCCUUCCCCCAUGAUGAGGUGACAGACAGAAAUAUGCCGGCUCUCUCAUCUCCAGCUGCUGGGGGAGUCUGCGAUCUGCUGAAGUCUCCUCCAAGAUCAGAUCCAGAUGAUGUUAAGGAUGGGGCCUGUGGCCCAUCUGGGGACCUGUGCGAGACAAAAGAAGGGCACCAGUUGUCGCCAGGGGCCGUGAGUAGCAGUGUUAUAGUGCAAGGUGGUCAACUGGACCAAGGGAGCCCAGCCCCAGAUGAUGAGUCUGUGGCCUCUGAAACCCCUUUAGUGCCUUCUACAGAGCCUUCUGUUGAGGGUGUGGACAGAUCAAAGCCAGAGGCCCAGAACAGUGACAGCUCUGCCGACACGGCCCCCUCCUCCCCCAAACUGCAGGACUUCAAAUGCACCAUCUGUGGUUAUGGCUACUAUGGCAACGACCCCACAGAUCUCAUUAAGCACUUCCGCAAAUACCACCUGGGUCUACACAACCGCACCCGGCAGGACACAGAGCUCGACACCAAGAUCCUGGCUCUCCACAACAUGGUGCAGUUCACUCACUCCAAAGACUUUCAGAAGCUUAACCACAACAUGCUCACUGGGGUUCUCCAGGACAUCAGUGCCCAGCGACCCAUGAUACUCAAUGGGACUUAUGAUGUGCAGGUUACUUUGGGAGGUACUUUCAUUGGAAUUGGACGGAAAACGCCAGACUGUCAAGGCAACACCAAGUACUUCCGAUGCAAGUUCUGUAAUUUCACCUAUAUGGGCAGCUCUUCAUCAGAAUUAGAGCAGCACUUUUUAGCCACCCAUCCAAACAAGAUAAAGACGCAUCAAGGAAACUCCGACAUGUCAAGAGACUGCAGUAAAUUGUCAGAGAGAAACUCUGGCAAAGCUAACUGUUUGCCUCGCUCUGUGGAACCAGGCGAGAUUGGGAAAUGGCCAGACCGAAUUACUAUCCGAGCAGAGGAUGACACCAUUGUGGGUUAUUCUGUCCCAAUCAGGUCUAUGGAAUCCCCUGGACAAAAUAGUACGGAUAACACCAGCUACUACUGGUGCAAGUUCUGCAGCUUCAGCUGUGAAUCAUCCACCACACUACGGUUAUUAGAACAUUACAACAAAAAACACUGUCAGGCAGUGAGCCCCAACAAAGAAGGCGGUGAGAAGAUCUUAAGAGAAGAGCCGAUGAUCCAAAGUGAUGUCAGUAAAAAUCCCGACGGCGAUGUGCUUGCCCCAGCAAAUACAAAAGAGGCCAUGAGCAAUACAGCAAUCGAGGACACAGUGGUGACAAGCUACAAUUGUCAGUUCUGUGAUUUUCGUUAUUCCAUGAGCCAUGGUCCAGAUGUGAUUGUCAUUGGGCCUCUUUUGCGUCACUAUCAACAGGUGCACAACAUCCACAAAUGUACAAUUAAGCAUUGCCAGUUCUGCCCAAGAGGCCUGUGUAAUCCUGAGAAGCACAUGGGGGAAAUUACCUACCCCUUUGCCUGCAGGAAAAGUAAUUGUUCCCAUUGUGCCCUUUUGCUGUUGCAGUUGUCUCCUGGUGUGGCAGGGAGAGCCAAAGUUAAGCACCUGUGUGAUCAGUGCUCCUUUUCAGCGCAUGAUGUCGAUGUGCUUUUGCUUCAUUAUGAGAACAUGCACAACUCCCAGAUGGCAAUGGAAGUCAAGCCUGAAGAUGAGCAUCCUGGGAUUGAACAGGGACAGUUGCCAGUGAAAGAAAAUAAGGAGCAUUCUUGCUCCAAGUGCGAUUUUGUUACAGAGGUUGAGGAGGAAAUAUUUCGUCACUACAGGAGGGUGCACAACUGCUGCAAGUGCCGCAACUGCAGUUUUACUGCAGUGGAUACCCAGGCCCUGCUUGAACAUUUCAACACCGUUCACUGCCAGGAGAUGGACGUGGCCACAGCCAACGGGUGCAGCCUUACCAGUAACUUGAGCAUCAAGGAAGAGUCCAAGAGCGACUUGAAGUUAUACAGCCUGAUGCAUCCAGAACAGAGACCACCUGACCCGGCUGGAGACAGCGCAGUGAAGAGAGAAACGCUAGAAGAUAAGGAAGUGCUCAGGGAGAAAGGCUGGGGGGAGUCCUCUGGCGACCAAGCACGUGGCAUUGUAUGGGUUCCCAAAGAAAGAGGCAUGGAUAUCUUAAGGGGAAGUCCAUCGUAUGGGCAGGGUGCCUUAGGCUUGCUCACUACGGUUUCUGUAAACCAGGAGCAACAGAAGCCCAUGAUCAGGGAUACCCCUAACAUUGUCUUUGGGUUGACUGGGGAGUCUAAAAGCUUUCUACAGGGGACACCAACAGGCAGUGGAGAAAAACCUGGUCAUCUGACUCCUCAGUAUUCGACGACAGGUGACAGCAAAUCUAAGGAGGAAUCACAGUCACUUCUGCGGAGACGCAGAGGCUCUGGAGUAUUCUGUGCCAACUGCCUGACCACAAAGACUUCUCUCUGGAGGAAAAAUGCUAAUGGUGGAUAUGUAUGCAAUGCGUGUGGCCUGUAUCAGAAGCUUCACUCGACACCCCGGCCUCUCAACAUCAUCAAGCAAAACAACGGUGAGCAGAUCAUCCGCAGACGUACCAGAAAGCGCCUUAAUCCUGAGUCCCUUCCCCCAGAGCAACUCGUCAAGCAGCAACGUGUUAACAGUGAGGAACAGGUCAAUGGAAGCCCUCUGGAGAGGAGACCAGAGGAACCUCUGUCAGACACCCACCAGCGAGAAAUGCAACAGAGUAACCUAAACAAGUAUGACGCCUACAGUUCUGGAGCCAAAAACCACCCAGCUCCACAGGCCUUACCAGUUAAUCAGACGCUGGAGAUCCACAAAAGAAUGACGCCUUUGCACAUACACUUAAAAAGCUCUCAGGAAAGUGGUGGAGAUCCUGGAAAUGGCUCAGCUGCGGCAGAGGGAAAAGGAAGCUCAGAAAGGGGGAGCCCCAUAGAGAAAUAUAUGAGACCCUCCAAACAAGCUAAUUAUUCUCCACCAGGUAGUCCAAUUGAAAAGUACCAAUACCCAUUGUUUGGACUUCCCUUCAUCCACAAUGACUUGCAAAGUGAAGCUGAUUGGCUGCGGUUCUGGACUAAGUACAAGAUGUCUGUUCCGGGGAAUCCACACUACUUGAGCCAUAUGCCUGGCUUACCAAAUCCUUGCCAAAGCUUUGUGCCUUAUCCUGCCUUUAACCUGCCUCCACACUUUUCAUCUGUUGGGUCAGACAAUGACAUUCCUUUAGAUCUGGCAAUUAAGCAUUCCAAGCCAGGCCUGACAACAAAUGGAGGUGCCAAGGAGAAGAGCAAUGUGCCAAAAAGUUCAAAGGACAAGGAGCCAGUGAAUGCUGAAAGAACCGAAAAGAUUGACAGGGGCACUCAGGAUGAACUGUCAACGAAGUGUGUUCACUGUGGCAUUGUCUUUCUUGAUGAAGUUAUGUACGCCUUGCAUAUGAGUUGCCAUGGUGAUAGCGGGCCUUUUCAGUGCAGCAUAUGCCAUCAUUUGUGUGCUGACAAAUAUGACUUCACAACACACAUUCAGAGAGGCCUGCACAAGAAUGUUGCACAGGUGGAAAAGAAUGGAAAACCGAAAGAAUAACUAAUACUUAGCACUUCUUAGCACAAUAUGAAAGAAUGAGGUUUGCUAACAGCAAAAGCAGAAGCUUGUACUGUCCUAGCAGUCUGCAUAGGGAACUAAUGACAUUUUAACAUUUAAAGGUGUUUGAUGUAAAGCUAAAGUUAUUUACUAUUUACCUAUUGUGAUUUUUUUUUCAUGAACAUAUUUUAGGAAAGUGUAGGUACAUGACCAUCCAUUGUUUUAUUAUGGUAUGGUAUCUCAGACAAGGCAGUCCAGCAAAGAAGGUACAGUACAUCUGCAUAUUAUUUCAGUGGAUUGACUACUUUAGAAAUCAAUUAUUCUUAUAAUGUGCUUAAACAUACAAAGUUUAAACAUUUAUUGAUUUGUCUUUAUUCUUCAUCAUGUGCAGUAAGCAAGCCAUGUGCUCUUUUAAAAAGAAAUUACAGAUGCAUUAUUUUGUUUCAAUAAUGCUGUGUCAUCUGAUAAUAAUUCUAUUCAUGUAAAAAACAAAGCCCUCAGGGAAUUCAUUCAACUGAGUGAGAACAUUUCAUAUAUCAUUUGUCUUUCUGGUGAUGGUUAAGAUUGAGCAUCUUUUUUGUAUGUAUGGAUUUUAUGUUUGUCCUUUGUUUUUCUUUACCUUACCUUGUGGAAAUGACACCUGUUACACAACUCACUUUAGGCAUUGCAAGCUGCUGCCUUUCUGGGAUACAAACCUUGUAUCACUAAAGAAAUUGGGAGAGGAGGUAGAAAAAUAUUUUUCUAAUUAUUAAUGUAAAAAUCAUAAUAUCGGUGCCUGAUAUAUUGUAUAAAAAUAUUUUCUACAGUGUAUGUUGGUAUGCAACAAUGAAUACACACAUUUGAAUAAGAGUCAGCUGUUUGGCUCUGGGUGACUGUUUACAUUUGCAAAUGUAGCAAACAAAGUAAUGAAGCAAACUUCUCCUAAUUCAGCAUUUUUUUAUAUUUUCUUUCUCUUUUUGAAAUGAUGAGAAAUGCUAGUAGAAAAUUGAUGCCUGUGUUUUGUUUUUUUUAAAGAAGGAAAUGCAUAUAUUUUUAUGCCUAAACACACACAAAAGUGAUAGCACUAUUCAUUCCAAGCAAUGUUCUCUUUUUCUUAAGCUCUUAAUACAUAUUAUGCUUGUAAUAGUAUAUAUCUAUACUCAUUUUAUUUGAAAUUGUUGUUCUUAUUUUAUGUUUUCAAAGAAAUGUUUGAGAGUGAAUUUAAAAGUACUGUUUGAGCUUUAAGACACCUACUAUAUCUUCCUGUUUUUAUCCAGUGCACACCAGUUUUGCAUCUCACUGCAAAAGGAUCUUUACAUUUAGCUUCGUAAGUGCUAAAUCUGAUUCGGUGUCAGUGUCCACAUCUUAAAGUACAUUUUAAGUCCCUUAUCAAAUAGUUUUAACACUUUCUUGCUUCCAUUGGAAAUGGUCAAUUCUAGGUGGAUGUUAUUAGUUGUAAAAGACAAAAACAUUAAAUUAUGAAUAUAACAGAUUUCGAAGUAAACAAAGUCGGGUGAGUUCUCCGCACUACGGACAGUUACAGUAUAACAUCUGAAUGGAUGAACCAUUCAAUCUAGCUUAGGAGUUAAGAAGAGAUGCUGGCUAGUAGAUUCAGCGCUAUUUAAAAUUCUACGGUAGACAGCAGACAUUUGAUGAAUUAAUCAAGCAGUCAAAAGCAUCCAGGGUCCUGUUUUGAUAAAUUAUGGUGAAGCACUGGCAUGUGAAAAUCAAUUUGUGUUUCUGAUGGUGUGAUUUUAAACCAGGCUUCUUUAUUGGCUGGCACCAUUCAAUCAGUGAAUGUUAAAGAAAACGGAAGUGCAAGUAAUCCCAUAUGAAAGUAUAUCUCCAUAACACAAGGAAUGUAUAAAGAGAAAUUCUUAAUGUAGUUUUGUAAGUAAACAUAUCUUAAAUUCACCAUUUUACCUCUGAAUCAUUUACCAUCUUAAAGAUUGUGAAAACAUACUCAUUAGCAAAAAGCAUACAAUAAUGCAUUUUAACUACAAUAGAAAUCAUAAUUGAAACACAAUUCUUAAGAUUUUUGCGAUGAACUUGGAUGCUCUUUUUCAUUAUUUUAAGCAGUUAUUUUUAACAGUUGUUGCUCAGCUGAAAUAGUUUCAGAAGUGGAAGAAAGAGAAGACAUAUAUCAGCUAGAGAGAAGAAUAACACUGCUAAUAUGCAGAGAAAAUGUAAUUUGGCACUAAUAAUACAUUAUUGUGCAUAUACUUUUGCUUGUUUGCCUAAUUGAAUUGGUUUUAAAAUGAAAACUUUUCAGUGAUUGUAUGAUUUUCCAUUUAUCAAAAUAAGGCCCUGGGUGAAUGGUUAUAUUUUUCUCUGUAAUUGUAGACACCAUAUGUGGGGUGGUGUAGUUAUGUCCAUCAUUACCAUGUAUGUAUGAAAGUAUGUUACCCUGCAUUUUAAUGAAUAACUCUGGAAUUUCAGAGUCACCUUAGUUAUAAUUUAUAAACUAGUACCAAAAGCUCAGUAAGACCUCAUAGCGCUGCUUUAUUGCAAUUGCCUCCUCUUAUGAAAAAAAAAGAGUUUUUUCCCCUUUCAUAGGAGCAUUUAAGGAAAUAAUAAAAACCCAUAGGAAGGUUUU